UCAAAUAGAAAAGAGAUGAAAAUUUUUUCACCAUUUAGGACUUGAGCAAAUUAGCACAAAAGUUGAUAAAAAUCGUUGAGAAAAUUAUAUAAAAUAGUGAAGUUUAAACACAAACGAUGCAAAGAUGAAUUUUUCAUAAAAGCUAGAGAAUCUAAGGUAGCCAGUGGAAUAGAUUUUUUUGCAGAACCUGGCAGUGGGCACAGUGCAAGAAAACGAUAGGUAAAAAAAAAUAAGGCAAAGAGCAAUAGUAGUGCAGUGGCGAGCAGCAGUCAAAAAGGCAAAACAGGUACAAGGCAAGCAAGUAGUGAAAAAGGGAGACAGUGCAAGAAAACAGUGAUUGAAAAGAGACCUAGAAAAGGAGUAUACGUACAGAAACGGAAAGAGGAAUAUCAAUAAAGCAGUGCGGAAAAAAAUGAAACAUCACUAAAUACGGAAAAAAUCAAAAUUACGCAGACACAGUAAAUUGUAUCACAAACAAAUUCGCGAUUCAAAAAAAUUUCAGAGGUAAUACCUCUAUAUAGUGGUGUAGUGAUCAAGAUAAGUGCUCGAAAUCUGAGCAAUUUAUUUUUAGGCUCAUAAGUAAAAACAAUUGUAUAAGAAAAAAAUGUCUUCGAAUAAUCAAUCAUCCGCCGCGCAGGGUGUAAACCCCAGUUCAAAUACUGCAAAUGCAGCUAGUGGGGCAACAAGUGCGGUUUCAGAUCAACGCAAUGCUCCAACGGACUCACCAUCUGCUGCUGGCGGCAGCACCACUACAACGACUGCUGGUGGACCAGCAGAUAGUCCAACUCGAGUUGCAAAAACACCUGCUGUUAAUACAAAGGAACGUGUUAUUGAUAAUGUUCCAUUUCCACCCAGCCAUAAGUUAACUAUGGCCGAAGUGUUUGAUCUGAGAACUGGCAAACCUAAUCAUGACAUAUUAAAACAGCAUUUCAUUCUUGAAGGUCGCAUAGAGGAGGCACCUGCAUUACGAAUUAUUCAAGAGGGGGCUGCUUUGUUGCGGCAAGAAAAAACUAUGAUAGACAUCGAGGCGCCAGUGACCGUAUGCGGAGAUAUACAUGGACAGUUUUAUGACCUCAUGAAAUUAUUUGAAGUAGGAGGGUCACCAGCCUCUACUAAAUACCUCUUCCUUGGCGAUUAUGUGGAUCGAGGUUAUUUUAGUAUUGAGUGUGUUUUGUAUUUGUGGUCAUUGAAAAUCACAUACCCGAAUACAUUAUUCUUAUUGCGUGGCAAUCACGAAUGCCGGCAUUUAACAGAGUACUUCACUUUCAAACAAGAAUGUAAGAUCAAAUACUCGGAACGUGUUUAUGAUGCAUGCAUGGAUGCUUUCGAUUGUUUACCUCUAGCGGCUUUAAUGAAUCAACAAUUUCUGUGUGUCCAUGGUGGUUUGUCACCGGAAAUCCACGAAUUGGAAGAUAUACGUCGUUUGGAUAGAUUUAAGGAGCCACCAGCAUUCGGACCUAUGUGCGAUUUGUUGUGGUCAGAUCCCUUGGAAGAUUUCGGUAACGAGAAAAAUUCAGACUUUUACUCGCACAACUCAGUGCGUGGCUGUUCGUAUUUCUACAGUUAUGCAGCAUGCUGUGACUUUUUGCAAAAUAACAAUCUUUUAUCGAUUAUACGUGCACACGAGGCGCAGGACGCCGGCUAUCGCAUGUAUCGCAAAAGUCAAACCACUGGGUUCCCAUCGCUAAUUACCAUCUUCUCGGCACCGAAUUAUUUGGAUGUGUACAACAACAAAGCGGCGGUGUUGAAAUAUGAAAAUAAUGUAAUGAACAUCAGACAGUUCAACUGUUCUCCACAUCCUUACUGGCUUCCCAAUUUCAUGGAUGUAUUUACUUGGUCGUUGCCGUUCGUAGGCGAGAAAGUGACUGAGAUGCUGGUGAAUGUAUUGAAUAUUUGCUCGGACGAUGAACUCAUGACCGAGGAGAGUGAAGAGCCGUUGUCCGAUGACGAAGCGGCGUUACGCAAGGAAGUCAUUCGAAAUAAGAUACGUGCCAUCGGUAAAAUGGCACGUGUAUUCUCAGUGUUGCGUGAAGAAUCUGAAUCUGUACUGCAAUUGAAGGGACUCACACCAACCGGUGCACUGCCUUUGGGCGCACUAUCCGGUGGUAAGCAAUCAUUGAAGAAUGCGAUGCAAGGCUUCUCGCCCAAUCACAAGAUCACUUCAUUUGCCGAAGCCAAGGGCUUGGAUGCUGUGAACGAGCGCAUGCCGCCGCGGAGAGAUCAACCGCCAACACCCAGUGAAGAGCAUAUAAAUAGUCAGGGAGGCACAACUACGCAUAAUGGGUAAUUAGACUAAAGUGUGUAAGUUGUGAAUAUUUCAUAUACAAUAGUAGAUGAUAUAUGUAUGUAAGAGACAUGUAGAGGGAUGCAUAAAACUUUGAAAGUGUAAUACCUACAUACGUUCAAAAUGUGCAAUGCAAUUAAAUUAUGCAAAAUGUUAAAUACCAUUUAUUAAUUCAUUCAAGUUUAAAGUUAAUGAAAGAAAUUACAUAUAAAAUAAACAAUAACGCAUUAUUUAAGCCAAGCACCUAUUGCAAGUUACAACUUUUGUUGUUCUAAAAUAUUGAAAAAACAAAUUGCAAGAAAAAUAUGCCAGUCAUUACUGUUUUUAUAAUACUAUCUUUAGUUAUGGACUACAUUUUAAUGUAAACAUACAUUAACUUUAAUAAGCGACGUUAAAAAUAUAUAAAAAAAUUAAGGACCCUGUAAAAAUUUCUUGAGUUUUAUUUAUUUAAAAUGGCAUUCCAUUUUGGUACUCCAUCUACAUUUUUUGACUUGUUCAGAAAAAAAUAUUUUUUCACAAAAUAUAAAACCAGUGAUGCUCCUUGAAACUUGCUGCUCCAACAUUAUCUUACCUACCAUUCACUUGAUAUACUUUUGAAUUUGGAAAGCCACCAAAUAUCUGAUUUUGGCUCUUUUUGGUGUGAAACCCAUACAAACAUAUGUAUCUAUAUUUCAACUUUCUACAGUAUGAUUAGAUCAGUCAAGCUGUUAUGUUCUCUGGUGUCAUCAUUAACUACAAGAUCAUUUAUAAUGAAUUCUAUAAACGGUAUGUUGGUACUAAAACAUUUUUGCAAUGCCCCAUAGGAAUGAAAGCAGGGUGCAAAGUUGGUGAAAGUUUUUGGAGAACUUUUUAAAUACAUAUAAAUUGCACACAUGGGGAAAAUUUGUUAACUUAGAUAAAGACAUAAAAAAUUAAAAUAGUUACAAAUAGAAAAUUAUGAUGAAUAUAUAAUGGAGCUUAGGUAUUAAAAACAGUCGUAUUGUAUUGAGCAAGUACAAGUUCUUUAAGAGAUAUAAGUAUGUUCUGUCAACUUUUGAAUGAAAGGAACAGGGCAUAUUAAAAACCAGUGACAUUUUUAUCGUUUGUUCAAUAUUCACCAAGCCCAUUCCGAACAUUAAGGAAGUGAAGUUGCGUUUAGAUUCGAACUGGAACGUUUUAAUAAAUUAAAUAUUUAUUUAUAAUGUUUGCAAACCACUUGUAACAUAAAAAUAUUUGCAUAUGUUUUAUACAGAAAACAACAAAGAGGGCAAAGAAAAAGCUUAGUGUAAACUACAAAAAUUAUGUAUUAUGUUCAGUAAAACGACAAAACUGUGAGUGGCAUAAUUGAAUGGCCGAAAAGUUGGCAAAGCAAACUGCUUAUAGUUGGAAUAUUUAUGGUGUUAAAACAUAACGUUGCUGAUGGCGAAACAAACCAUGUCAGUUUUACAAUCAUAUUUCCCCCACUUUUAUAAGUUAGAAAGGGUCACAUAUUUUCAGAAAAUGCUCGUAAAAUUUUGCUUUCAUAACUUCAAAUUUGUAUUUUUAAGUAAAACUUUGACAACUUGCGCUAUCGGCAACAAAUGUCACCUCUGUAUGUAUGAAUAUUUCAAUGAAAUGGUUACGGCGUACGGGCGAAUGACAAAUGCAUAACAUAUGUUAUAAUCAAUGUAUAAUGACAAUGCAGACAUAUACAUAUACUCGCAAAAGAAAAACAACAAACACAAAAAAACCACACAUAAAUAUUUAAAUUAUAGUUAAAAGGAGCUGUACGAAAGAUCAAAGUAAACGGAUUUACAUUUAAGUGUGUUUCAUGUCAAAAGGCUAAUAACAAAAACUUCAUAUAAUUACGAUUAAUAUAAAUUUGAUGCCAAAUCAAAUUAAAAAUUAUACAAUACAUAUAGUAUAAGGUCCCAAGCUUGCUAAGCACUAAUUAAGCAGCAUAAUUAUUAAAUAACACUAAGUCAAAAAUGUUUAUGAAUGUAAUACACACUGAAUUUCUCCAAACUGCAAAGCAAUUUAAAUUCCACGUCGACAGUGUUACAACCAGUGCAAGUAUCAUGUAAAAAAUGGAAGUCGUGAAAAUGUUAAAUAAUAAUUAUAAUGUAACACUUAAAAUCAAUUAAAUUAAAAAUGAAGCAACAUACAUAUUUAUAUAAACGUGUGUUUAAUAACGCUGCAAAAUGCAUUUUAAAUAUUUAAACUCACCAUUGGUUUUAUGUGUUUUUCCUUUGCAAUAUAACAAAUAAACAUUGCCUUCAAUUUAAUGGCAAAUUAUAGAAGUAUUUUUACAUUUCAAAAUCAAAUUAAUUAAAAUUAUGUGAAUGUAUAGUUAAUGUUUAAAGCAAAUAGCAUUUGAGCGCAUUUAAUUUGAAAACAAAAUAAGAGCAACAAGUGAAAUUAAAUCAAAAAUAUAAAUAAAGAAUUUUAAACUACUAGGAAUGGCAUGGAAACAAAAUCAACAUAAAUGUAAUUAAUGCUUACAAGAUAUAUAUGAAAAAAUAUAUACUGCAUUUCAUGUAUUGUAAUAUCUAUUUAAGUGUAAGUAAUGAAAUUAUUUUUUAUGUUAUUGUAUAUAAAUAAAUGCUGUACUCUGUGCUUAAACGAAACUUUUUUUUAACUACUGUUGUCAUUAUGUUAUGCCAUUUUAAAAGAAUUUUUAAACAUAGAUAAUUAUAUAAUAAUGAAAUCGAAUAAUUGUAACUUAUUUAAUUUUUUACAAUUUUAAUAAUUAAAUUAUUUGUUCGAUAAAUGAAUUUACAUGUACUUAUUUAAUAGGAAAUAUGAAAUGCAUAAACUAAAUAAAAAAAUAAUAAACUAGCAAUUAUGAAUAAUAUAUCUCAAAAAGUGAAACAUAAUUUAGUAAAAAAUUGAAGAGACAACAAGAUAAAGUGUAAACACAGAGUUGAAGAAUUGGAUUUUCGAAGUUAAACUUGAAUGAAAUUGAAAUUGAAAUUGUUUUGGCGUGGUAGAACCUGCACUUCAAACAAACUUGUUCGCACACUCAUUAAGAGCCGAUAAUUAUGCGAAUUGAAUAGCUGAAAUGGAUGAAAUUUAAAAACAUCUUUAAAAAACCGAGAAACUGAUUAGAACAAAAAGAAACACAGUGUGUCAAGUGUGCCACUUUUAAUUAGCGAUUAUUUCUUACGCACUCUCAAUGUGUGCAGCAUUGAGUUUUAAUAUUUAUAAUAUAAUUUUCAAAAUAUGGAAAAGUAAUAGAAUCUUCUUUGACAUGGCAUACGGUUAUGAAGAAUUAAACAUCAGUUAAUCAUCCUUUACCAAAUAUCGAAUCACAUUGAACCAAAAAUAUAAUGGCAUCUUCAGCGCAAUGCAAAUGUUUUCAAAUGACAUACAUAGGUUUUUGAAAAAUAGUUAAAGCUGAAAACAAAUAUACAUAAAUGCGGGUAUAAAUUAAAAAGAAUAGUUGUUUGUAGGAUUGCGUACAAAGCUAACAACUAGAUAGUGGUUUUGAAAUAUAUUUCCAUUGUUCAAUAUUGAGUAUUAAGCCGAAACUGCAAAAAAUAAUAAUAUAUCAGAUUGCAAGUGUGAAAGCAAACAAAUAAUACCAGGGAAGUAAAAAAUUCGCUUAACGCUCAACUUUUAAUCCGCGCCCAACAUUUUUCCAACGCUGAUAUCGUUUAUACACGUUUAUAUAGGUGUACACAAUCAAAAUUUUAAAAAUUAUAGAUAUGCAAUGUAAAGUUUCCUUAAAAAUCUAAAUACACCAUACGUUAAACAGUGACCAUUGAAGCAGCAUUAUUCACCUUUCUAAACGCUCGUACAAGCACUACGAAAUUGUAAUGGAAAUAUAAAUUAGAAUGUGAAAUGGAAUAUAAAUAGAGUUGACACUUAUUGUUGCCAGAGAUUUGUUAAAAAAUAAUAAAAAAACUGCACUUUGUAACAUUUAAAAAAAAAUCUAGCGUAAGCAGCAAUUAAAUUCGCAACAGUUGAAAGGACGUUAAGAUGUGAUUAGCGUAAAGCCGCAUAUGAAAUUAUCCAAAUAUCAAAAAAAAAUUAUAUUAACAAAACGAGAUCAUUGAUUAGUACUAAUGGUAAUAUUCGACAUUUUAAAGAUAUAGCAAAAGCACAUUUAAUUCUAAAACUAACAGAUAUCGCAAUCACAAUACUAUAAACACUUAUAAAUACUUACAUAUGUAUAGUAAAUAUAUGUAUGUACGUAAAUACAUACAAAAUUAAUACACAUUUUCUUAAUUUUAUAACAUAACCUUCUAGCACAAUUUCCUUUGACUAUUAUUAAGAUUGUUAAAAAAAUUGUUUAUUAUUCAUGCAUACUUUUGAAUGUACCUAUAACAUAUGUGGGCCCGAACCAUCAGCAAUUACCGAGUUUUCCGAUAUAUUAGCAACGUAAAAAAUUAGGUUGAAUUUGUUUACAAUUUGAAAUUGAAAUAAAAUUUGCUAUAACCUUAAAGUAAUGAUCAAACUAAGACACUACGAAAGUAUUCCUCAUACAAAUUUCUUCCGCUGUUCUAUGUGGAAAUAACUUUACUGUUUAAAUCUCUGAAGAAAGUUGUGUUCAUAUCUCAAUCUAUCACUGCAAAUUACACUCUUUCUUGCUACGUCACAACUAUUUGUAAACUAUUAUAUCUUAAAUAACCAGCUGCUUCGUGCCAUAUUUGUGUAUACGAGUUUUGUAUGUAUUUUAUUUAAAACUUCACUAUACCAACACUUCAAUCACCAGUGAUUAAAUAAGAAAUGUACAGAAGCAAGUGUCAAAAAAUAAUCUUAAUUUAAUUUUUUUUUAAUUCCAUACUCUUUGUUAAGCAGUUCUUAAUAAAAGUUAUUAUUUAAUAACAGUUAAUAUAUUUUUUUAAAUUAAUUUUAUUUGUACAUAUUUCAAAUUCUAAUUUGAAUUUAAAUUUUAAACGAUCCAUAAUUAACAAUUUACCGUUGUAUUUUAGUGUUACCACUUUGAUUUUACAGAAUGUUGACCUUUAUAUUAUUAUUUAAAAAAAUAACUCCUAGAUUACAAAUAGCAUUCGCCUACUAAAGCAAUUCUAAAAGUUAAUAAAAAUAUAUAUAAAAUAAUUAAAUUAUAUAUAUACAUACAUAUAUAAAUUGUAAUUUAUAAGCAAGAUAAUGUUAAUUACAUUUUAAGUGUCUAUGGUAUAAGAUAAUAAAAAUGCAAACAUAUAAGAGUACACGCAUGCAUUGUAUCAUUGAACAACAACUACAACACCAAUAUCACGAUUCCUUAGCUGGGCGAUUUCCUCAAAAGAAAAACAAAAACUAUUAAAUAAAAGUUCACUACUGAAACCUAUUAGCACUUUUACGUCACCUACAUAUUUAUAUAUAUCGAGCACUAUGUAUGGCAAUUAUGUAGCUACAUAAUAUAUGCAUAACAUGUAUUGUACUACAAGUGUUUACAUACAUACAUACUAAUAUAAAUACAUAUGUAAAAUUACUCCCAUCACAAAUAAAUUCAUAAUUCAACAUACUCUAAGGUCAAUCAUUAAAAAUCUACAAACGCAAACUUCUCAAACUCUUUCCAAUUUAGUAAUAAAACCUUAAGGGCAAAGUUGCGUACGAACAAAAGUUAUUAACCUAGCUAAUACAAAACAAAGGAGGAUUAAAAGAAUAUAGUUGCAAAUGAAGUCAGUAUAAAAUAUAGCAUAAAUAUUCAUUCCGUAUUGGGGCUUUAAUAAAAUUAAAAUACAAUCUCUUCUAAGAGAAGUCAUUAAAAAAAAUUAUAAGGUUACACAUAAAUAAAAUAAAAUAAAUCAUAUGUAUCAUAAAAAUAUAACAACAUGGUGAAGCUGAGAGGAAUAUUGAUUUAAUGAAUAAUGAACCUAGUUACAUUUCUACUAAACUAACUUAACUAAACUAUUGUAACUUAACUUACUAAACUAUAGAAACAAAGGAAUGAAGAAAUACCAACUAUGAAAACGCUAUGUGGAAUACAUUUUUUUACUUAUACAUCUACUUAUAUUUUAAACUUAAUAUAUUCAAUUUUAUGAAUUUAAAUUAUAUACAAAUAAAAUAAUCAACAACAAAGCAAGAUAUUGAUGAAAUCCGAAAUAAAGAAAAACCAAACGUCUUUUACUUACACAGCA